AAACGCUGCCCCAGUGGUAAUAUCAGUGGUAUUUCAAAAAUGUGAGCAGAGGCGCUGUCGCUGCAAAUAUGCUACGUCGGAAGGACAAAAUUAGGCGCGGAACUGGAGGCACCACAAUACUCACGGUCUAGCUAUCUGUUGCCUCUCUCUAUGAAGCAGGUGAUUGAGAUGGCGUCCUCCAGAUAUGAGUCAAAGGGGUUCCUCACUAAAAAACUCAGGUCGCAGCAUACUAUGGUUAUCAGCAGCCUGAGGAAGGAGAAUGCCUACCUGAGGAAGACCCUGGCUGAGAUGUCUCGUCAACAUGCAGAACAUUAUAAGCUAGUAGAGCUGUUCCUCUCGCUUGAAUCUGUUAAGCGGUUGACCGGUCUGCAGCUGAAGCCCAAAGAGGAGAAAAUUGCUUUGCCAUCAGAGCAGCUGAGUGACGAAGAAAAGAAGCCGACAGAUGAAGUGAGUAUGAGGAGAAAGGACAGCAUACCUAAUUACACCACAGGGACUGAAGAAAUGGAGAACAAGCAUGUGAGCAUCUCAUCUAGCUGCCAAUAUCUUGAGAACAGAAUCGCUGGAAAGAAGGACUCCACUUCAGAUGAAGGGGCCUCAUCUAACAAAAUUAGAGAGCUGCAAAAUCACCUCAGUGAUGCCUUGGAGAAGAACAAGCAGUGGCUGGAAUAUGACCAGCAGAGAGAGGCCUAUGUGAGGGCAAAUCUGGCCAGAAUUUUACGGCUUGAGAAGCAGCUGAAUGAAGCCAAUCAGGCCCGCUCACAGCGGCAGCACAAUGAGGACCAUUCAGAUGAGAAGGAGCGGAUGAACCAGCUGCAGGAGAGCUUUGAGCAACUCCUACAGAAAGCCAACAAUCACCUGAUGCUGAUCAGGGAAAAGAAUGACAUGACCAACCAGAACCUGUUAAUGACCCACCAAAGGUUCAAGGAAAUGGAGAGGAGGGUAGAGGAGCUCAAGCAGCAGCUGCAGGCUGAAGAAAUGAGCAGAAAAAGUGCUGCAGAAGAUCAACAUUGCUCUGAGGAAGAAAGGGAACAGGAACAGUGUAUGUUAGAUCGUCACCAUGCAGACCGGGAGAAGAUUAAAGACCUGGAGCGACAGGUCCAGUUUUUUUCACAAGAUCUUGAAGAUGAGAGGCUAAACUGUUCAUAUUUGAAGAAGCUGAUGGUCAGAGUCCUGAAGAUGCUGCAAAAGAAAAAAGAGAGUGCAACAAGGCAGCCAAAGAGAGAGCAGCAGUAUCGCAGCUCAGGUGAAGAGGCCCGGCCACCCUGCAUGCCCCCCAGAAACAGGCACACAUCCUCCUCUCUCUGCAGCGGGCUGAAUGAAAGCUUCCUGGAGUGUCCCAGCUGCCAGGCCGAGUACCCUGCCAAUAACUACCGAGAGCUCAUGAGCCACCUAGAAACCUGUCUCAACUAAGUUAAGCCACCUUGUUCAGUUCUGUAUCUUCUGUUAUAUGGAUUUCACCUGUGUUGUGUAAACCAGAGGUACAAGUUAAUAAACAAUAGUGUUGAAUUGUU